AUAUUUGAACAUGAAAUAUUGCAACUUUUUUUACAUCUAAAACUAGAUGUAUAUGUAAAUAAAGCAUAGGCAUUGUUAUUUCUGAGGAAGUGUUUUUGUGGAGAUACUCAAAAUGUAUCUGAAGAUAGCUUUGCAGUGAAUCAUUAGAAUAAUUAGGUCAUCAAAAUAGCACGUGUUUGUAUUUUAUUAAGUAUGCAGAUUAAAUUACAAAAUGACAAUUCAGGAAAAAGCCCAUUUUAUACCUGCAGUACCAAAUUUGAUACAGACAUUUCAAGUAAAAUGUUUGAUAGCUGAAGGUUUUUUGCCACCUUAUGUCCAUCGAUUAUCACUGAGACAACCCAGCUACAGGGUGGCACAGACAGAGGGAGAGUGUGUGUUUUUGUUCUGCAGCAGAAAGGCGUUCUCCUGCUUCAGGAUGUUGCCUUUAAAUCUGAAGAAGUGAGUUUCCUGUGGAGGAAACGAUCACAGAAUGGACAAGGCCCAGGCGAGACGCCGUGUUCCCAACAUUUGUUGAGCACAGGUCACCAAAGCUGCAGAGAGGGCUGCAGACUCUGCUCAGUCUGAAGGCACUGAGAGUUGUUGGCCUGCAGGAUGGAUCCAGAAUGCUGAAUUUUUCCACAGCUGGACCGAUUUAUGAAUGUGACAAGAUGAAGAAGACCACUGGAUGAUCAACAUUUGCCUUAAGGGACUGAAUGGUUUAUCCUAAUCCAUGACAUCAUCUCCAGAUGUCCAUGUUGGGUGUCCACCCAACAUGUCCAAUGACACCUGCAACCUCCCCCUUAACACGGACGCCGUAGGGUUGACAUGUAUCUAUGGUGUCAUCUUCUCUUUGGGUCUCCCCAGUAACCUGCUAUCUCUGUGGGGGCUGUACCACCUCGGCCGGUCCGGUGGGGGAGGCUGUCAGCUGGUCUUCAUUCUUAACCUGCUGCUGUCAGACCUGCUCCAGCUGCUCACUCUGCCACUGUGGAUCCUUUACCUGCAGGGUUCACACCGCUGGCCCUACGGCCGGCUAACCUGUGAGCUAGUUGGCUACGUGUUUUAUGUGAAUGUCUACGCCAGCGUCAUGUUCCUUUGCCUGAUCGCAUUAGACCGGUGUCUAGCCAUCGUCUACCCACUCAGCAGCCGCAGGGUGCGGAGGGUCAGGGUAGCGGCUGUGUUGGGUGUAGCUGUGUGGAUCCUAACCUUCCUGUUUUGUCUGAGUGGUCUGCUCCCAUCUGUGUUUGACUCUGACAGACUGCUGUGUCUGGAGAAGUACCCAGUCAGCCCAAGAUACGCUCACUUUAAGAUCAUCACUGUGGUUCUAGGAUUCCUGCUGCCAUGUGCCAUUCUAGGGUACACUUCAGUCCACAUCGGAGUGACGCUCCACAGAUCACCUACUCUCUCCAACCACGAGCGCAACAAAAUCGUAGGAAUCCUGAUGGUGAUAACUUUCAACUUCAUAGUUGUGUUUGGACCAUACCACCUGGUGGGGGGGUACAGGUUCGUGUCCCUGCUGGGGACUGAGGAGCCAUGUGGAUUUGAGCAGUCCAUCUUCCUGGUGUAUCGGCUGUGUUAUGGCUUGACCAGCCUCAACACGCUACUAGAUCCCCUCUUCUACAUCUUCCUGUGUCCUGAUGCUCGCUUGGAGCUUCAGAGGUCCUUGUCUUGUUUGAGACCAGGUCAAAACAACAACCAUAAAAACAUAGGCAUGAGCACCAUGUCUCACCUGGACAGCCGGAGGCUGAACGGGCCAAGACAUAACACCCUUGUGGCAAUUUGAAGUGGGAGCAAUGGCGCCACCUAGUGGGAAUGCAUUUCUUGUUUCUGUGCUUCCUUCUGCUUAGUUUCAAUAUGGCAUCAUAUAAAUUCUGCUUCAGCAGACGACAUAAACCUGACUGUUAAAAUCUAGUUUUGAGUGUUAAAUUACGAUUACACAAUAAAAUGUAAACUUACAUCUGGCAAACGUGAUCAAAUCUGAGUAAAUUCUAAAUCACUGAGAAACAAAAACACUGAAAGAUUAAACAUUACUGAAAAUCGUGUUUUGUCUGUGAAAAUGUGGGUUACAUGUUCAUUUGGUAAUUUAUAUUAAAUGGGCUGUUUAUUAAACUGGAACGGAAAACACAAAAAUUUCACAAAAAAUAAGUCAAGCAUGCAAUAAAUCAUUAUGUUUGUGUUAAUAAACAACUAUUUUGCUUGUUAUAUCAUGAAAUUAUUAAAAACAAAUCGUAUUUGAAGGAUAAAUGAGUUUAUAUGUCAUCAAUAACAUUUUUAGUUUUUGCGACAAGGCAUUUUUCACUCUAGACAUCUAAACAUGCAUAUUUAAAUUAAUAACUGAUCCUAAAUUUUGUUUUUUCAACAGUUAUGCCUUUUAAAUCGUUUUUCUUUCUUUUUAUAUGUUUUUGCUGUGUGAGUUGUGUUCAAGGACAGAAUUGUGCAUAAGCACACCGUGUGGUGGUUUAGGUGGCUGCACAGAAUGAAAGUUUAGUCACAGCAAAUGUUUUCUCUGGUUUCCUUCUCACUGUCUAAACCCCUGCUUGUUUGCUUGAUUUUGCAUCCCUGAGCAUAAUAAAGGUGCAAAGAUAAUAGAGACAA